UCAGCGGCAUCAGAUCGAGCUCAGCUUCCGGUGUCAGAGGUCACCGUCACUGCUGAAGAUGGCGGCGCCCGACGAGUUGUUUUGCUGGGAAGGAGACUGGGGCUUACCGUCCGUCGACACCGACUGUCUGGUGGUUCUGGCCUACGCUCAGUUUGCCGGUGCUCCUCUCAAACUCAGGAAGAUGUCGAACCCGUGGAGAAGUCCCAGCGGCUCACUUCCUGCUCUGAGGACCAAUCAGAAAGUGACUCUGUCCAGGCCCUCUGACAUCAUCAUCCAUCUCAGAAAGCAGAAAUUCAACGCAGACUACGACCUGUCAGCUAAAGAAGGAGCUGACAGCCUGGCCUUCAUCUCUCUGAUGGAGGAGAAGCUCCGACCGGCUCUGAUCUACGCCUUCUGGAUCGAGCCAAAGAACUACGUGGACCUGACUCGCCGCUGGUACGCAGAGCACAUGCCGUUCCCUCUGAACUUCUUCCUGCCCGGACGGAUGCAGCGAGGUCAGCUGGAAAAACUGCGUCUGCUGCGAGGAGACGAGAGCCUGGAGGCCGGGGAGGAGCUGGAGAAGGAGUUGUACCGCGAUGCUGCAGAGUGCAUGAACCUGCUGUCCCAGCGACUCGGCUCGCACAAGUUCUUCUUCGGUGACUCGCCUUCGUCUCUGGACGCCUACGUGUUCGGUCACUUGGCGCCCAUCCUCAAGUCCAAACUGCCCAGCGGGAAACUGCAGCAGCACCUGAAGUCUCUGGACAACCUGAACAACUUCUGCACCAACAUCCUGCUGCUGUACUUCCCCCGAGACGGCCGAGAGAGUUCCACUCAGAAGAUGUCCUCUCAGCCUGAAGGCGGAGACUUUGAUCACGUCCCCAACAAGCGGAGGAAGCAGUUCCUGUCGGCUCUCGUGGCUCUCGGCGCCAUGCUGAGCUACGCCCUCCUGACCGGAAUCGUGUCCAUCCAACACGCCCAGCAAGAGGCGCUGGAGGCGCCGCCGGACCUGGAGACCAUGGAAUCCCACGAGGAGGAGGAGGGAGACGGCUGAGACAGAACUGCUGCAUCGUGGGACAUUAAGGACGGUUCAGGAUGAGAUCCAGAUGUGUUCACAGGAGACACGUCGGGAUGAAAAGAUUAAUAUUGAUAAUCAUCAGCUCAGAAGGACAGGAAGUCGAUGUCAGCGCUGGUUUAUGUACAGAAAUAAACUAAAAGAUCAUCUCUGGUUUCUUUACGUGGA